AUGGCCGACGCAGAAUUAGAACAGAUCCGCAAAGCGCGCCUCGAACAGCUCAAAGCGCAAGGCAGCGGGGUAGGCAGCGCGGGGCCCAGCCAAGGAAACCAAGCAGAGCAGCAGAAGCAACAAGAAGCCGAAGCCCGCCAAUCCAUCCUCAACCAAAUCCUGCACCCGGAAGCCGCCGACCGUCUAGGCCGCAUCCGGCUCGUAAAAGAGGAGCGCGCCGCCGACGUCGAGAACCGCCUCAUCAUGCUCGCGCGCACCGGCCAGCUGCGCCAGAAGGUCACCGAGGCUCAGCUCAAAGAGCUGCUGAGCGCCGUCGCCGAUAACAAGGAGGAGGAAAAGAUCGUGGUGAACAGACGCAAGAACUGGGACGACGAGGACGACGAUCUGCUGGACCUGUGA